AUGAUUCCUUUUACCUUUACAAACAUUGGCAACGACGUUCACGUACAUCUUCGGGCCAGACCAGAACGAAAACUCAAAGAUACCCUCUCUCAUUACGUGCGCGAUCGAUCAAGAUCCUACUUCAGAUAUCUGAGUUUCUUCGAUAACGAUGAAGAGCUGGAGCAGAUUCGGACGGGUUAUGCGAAGGGAGAGUUGCUGACGGGAGAAUUGAAGUGCAUCGCGCAGCUUCAAAAGUUUGUCAUGACCUACCAGGAGCGCCGCGCUCGGAUUACGGACGAAGUAUUUGACGAGUUUACGAGAGUGCGUCCGUCUAUUGGAACGGAGCAGUGUCGACUCCCCUAG